AUGUCCGCCAACGGUACAUCAAUUUCAGAUCCUUUGGACGCAGUUGAUUAUGACCCCAUCGCGCAUCUAAACGGCAUCUUCUCCCAUCCUUCGACGCUUUCUGCUGUCUCGCAGACUUCCGAGGCCCUCCGAAGAUACCAAAAUGAGCUGGACAGUGACAUCGCACGACUUGUGGAAGAGCAAGUCACCUCCAAUGCGGAAAGCGUGCAGCGUAUCCAGACCGCUAAGGCGGACUUGUCGGAGCUGUUCAAGAAGAUAGACGAUGUGCGAGAACGUGCCUCGAAGACGGAGCAGUCGAUUACAGAUAUGACAGCGGACAUAAAGCAGCUCGACAACGCGAAAAAGAACUUGACCGUCUCUAUGACCGCGUUGAAGCGUCUACAAAUGCUAACAACGGCUUACGAACAACUACGCGCAUUGGCAAAGACACGGCAAUAUCGCGAUUGCGCGCAACUUCUUCAGGCGGUCAUUCAGCUCAUGGCCCACUUCAAGUCAUAUAGGUCGAUUGAUCAAAUAGCAACUCUAAGUAGGAACGUGGCGGAUGUUCAACGCGAGCUUCUUGAGCAGGUUUGUGAGGACUUCGAGAUCACAUUCGCUAAAGGCGAGGUACUCCAGAAACGUGUUAUGCUCUCGGAAGCCUGUCUGGUCAUGGAUGCUUUGGGCGACAAUGCGCGAUCGAGACUGACAACUUGGUACUGCAACACCCAACUUCGAGAAUAUCGUCAGGUCUUCCGCGGGAAUGAGGAGGCCGGGUCUUUAGAUAAUAUAUCUCGUCGCUAUUCUUGGUUCAGAAGGAUGCUAAAAACUUAUGAUGACGAGCAUACAUCCAUUUUCCCUCCUUCAUGGAGAGUGAAUGAGGUACUGGCGAACACGUUUUGCGAAUCAACUCGCGAUGAUUUCAAGGGUAUUCUAUCGAGGAAACUCUCGAUUUCGAACAUUCCCUGGACCGAAGAUACAGUCGCUUCUUCCACGGAUUCCCCCAUAUCCAUGCAGAGUAUAUCCGAAGCCUUCGAACCGUACCUAGGACUGUGGGUGGAAGCGCAAGACAAACAACUGUCUACUUUACUGCCUAAAUAUCGACAGCAACCGCUUAAGCGUGAGGAUGAAGAGUUUCAUGCCCAGCUUGUCAUUUCAUCGUCCACGGAACUCUUCACAUUUUAUAGGCAUUCACUUGCGCAGUGCGCGAAACUUUCUACAAGUGGGAGUUUAGCUGAAUUGUCGAAGGUAUUCGCCAAAUACCUAGACCAAUAUGCUCAACAAGUGCUCCUCAACUACAUCAGCGAACGAGCAACGACCCAAACGCCAUCGAAAGUACCCUCCAUCGAGGAUCUAAUUUUGGUUCUGAACACAGCGGACUAUUGCUAUACUACUAGUAAUCAAUUGGAGGAGAAGAUCAAAGAACGUAUCGACGAAAAUUUGAAGAAUACUGUCGAUUUUGAAAGCCAGGCUGACGCUUUCAUGGGCAUUGCCAGCGCUGCGGUUCGUGGACUUGUCCGUAAAGUCGAAGUUCAACUGGAACCAUGCUGGCGUGAAAUGCGAAAUUUCCCCUGGAACAAACUGGAGAAUGUCGGCGAUCAAAGCCCAUAUGUUGGAGAACUACUUGCCAAGACCAAAGCACAGGCGGAUGACAUCCUACUGUCUCUUCACAAGCAGCAGUAUGCAAGAGCUUUCGCCGAUAACAUUGUUGAGUUUAUAUCAAACACCUUUAUUAGCACUGUCUAUUCGUGUCGUCCGGUUUCUGAGACCGGUGCUGAACAGAUGUUACUUGACCUAUACACAUUGAAAAGCGGGUUAACAUCAUUGCUGCCUUCCCCUGCACCCGCUGGUUUUGUUAAGCGAGUCAAUUCAAGUUUCACAAAGGUUGACUGUCUUCUAAAGACGGUGCAAGUUCGUCCAUCGCCACCUGAAGCUUUAGUUCAAGCUUAUCUCCUUCACAUCGCGGAUCGAAGCGAAGCCAAUUUCCGUCGAAUGCUAGAAAUCAAAGGUAUUCGAUCCAAACAGGAACAAAAUCAACUUGUAGAGUUGUUCAACUUGCACCGAGCGUCAGACCGCCAUGCCCCCAAUCUACAGCAAAGCAAUCCGCUAUUCUCAUCCUUUCAAAGCUCUUCCACGUCAGCUUCUGGUCCUGGAACAGCGUCCACUGUCUCCCAGGGGCUAAGUAACUUGGGAACAACUGCUACCACUUCCAUAGGCACACCUGGCCGUUUUGAUCCAACUAUGCUCGGUUCAGCGAUUAUAUCCGCUGCAAAAGAUGGAGUGGAACGGUUCCCGCUUGGCUCUGGCGUAACAACGGCAGCUGGACAUCCUCAUACGGGCUCCGGCCCUACAUCUCCAGGUGCAGGACUAUCGGGGCAACAACGGGUUACGAGCGAGAGUUUUGAGGGAAGCGGCGUUGCUACUUCUGCGUCGGCCGCUACGCAGCUCAAUGAGAAUCUGAAGAAUAUUGGGAAGUUUUUCCGGCGCGACCUUGGAGGGUUUGGUGGCAGAUUCGGACGAUCGACUGAAGAUGCUACUCGGUAA